AUGACGAUCCCUAUUGAAUAUGUUUCUGAAGACGAUACUUUGGCCGCUGUUACGAUUCAAGAGACAAGAUCAGCUAGUUUGAGAACUACCAAUGCGAUUUUGAUAGGUAUGUACCAAAUGUUUCUAUUCCAAAAAAAUUAAAAUUUUCAGCGGGUCUUUUGAUUGCUUCAUACUUCCUCAACUUUUUAUUUAUAGUAGCGGUCCUUAUCACGUGAGUUAUCAAUCAUCAAUUUUUUUAAUUAAAAUUUUUUUCAUCUGUAGAAAAUCAUUUCGCACAACAAUAUAUCUUAUGUACUGUCAACUCACAUUAAUCAAUAUUUUUGAUCUAUCGUUCAACAUCUUAUUCGCCCUAAUUUUCGUGGCCAGUGGUAAUUGGAAUAUGAGUAAUCGGAUGUGCACAUUUAAUGUUGCGGCGCAACAGGUGUUUUUCCCACAACUACCCUUCUCAUAAGCAGUAAUUAAUUAGUAAUCCUUUUUCAGUUCAUUCACCUGAAUACCCUUUUUAUUUUGAUGUUGAUUGGUGCCGAACGCGCGACUGGUUUGAUUCUUGGACCUGAUUACAUCAUACAGGGACAUAAGUAUUUGAGUGGGAGACGAGUUGGAUUUGCCAGUUUUUUGUUGGCUGUUGUGGCGAUUGUUUUUGCAUCGGUGGUGUUUUCAAGCGAGAUUCCAACAAAGCCAUUCAGAAAUCGAUAUAUUUGCGGGAUUGAUGGGUAAUUAAAAGGGAACAAUGGAUUGAGAUAAUGUUCACACAAAAUUAAAAAUUCGAUAAUUUAGUAUUAUCGUGAGAUUUUUAACACAAAAUCUAAAUUUUCAGCGGAGGCCCAAUUGGAUAUGUAAUUGCCAGACUCAUAAUCUACUUUGCUUGUCUCAUUAUAAUUCUAAUUGCAAUCGGCGCAAUUCUCAAAAAACGCUCGGCUGCUUCAAUUCCACACAAUGUUCAAGAAUAUGGAGAAUUCAUCAAGAAAAAUCGAGCAAUGGCUGAACACAAAUCUCGAGCAAAGCUGAUGAUUCUGAUAACUUGCGUUUUUAUUUUCAUCGAAGGACCAUACAUUACUCUUUGCUUUUUCUAUGAGAUGUAUAAUAGUCGAGAACUUGUCGAUGUUAUGAUUGAUAUUCCACAGGAUGCAGAUACCUUAAUUACAUGGUUGAAAUUUGUUUUUCCUUUACUGUGUCCAAUAAUUGUGAGUUUAUGAUUUAGUUGAGAAUAACUUUAUGAUUUUCUCUCAGAUGCUAAGCUGGUGCAAUGAUGUGUGGCUGAAGGUCAAAGAAGUUACCUGCUGUAGAUCCUAUGAUCCUCCAACUAUUGGACAUUAUAUGCCGCAUUAUCGUGGAAGUAAGUUAUUAUUAAAUUACAAGAUUUUGAAAGUGUCUUAUGAUUUCAUGUUGUUUUUUUUUGCAGUUGAUGUAUCUCCAGUUCCAAGUGUGAUGACAAUUUUUGGAUCAGAUGAAGGUAUUCGAUUGAGUCAGCCAUCUCAACCAACAAGAUUGUUUCCAAAUCCAAAUUUUGCAGUGAACAAUGAUGAACCAUCAGGUAAAUAUUGCAAAAAUUGACACUCCAGUUGAAAUUUUUUAAUCAUAAUUCGUUUUCAGAACACAUAUCUGAUCCACCCUCCCAACAACAAACUCCACAACCACCGGCACCUGAAAAUACACAACUGCCAAAGAUAAUCGCAACCCUGCGAAAACGCCCAACUGAAUCAAAAAUCCCUAGAAGGAUUUCAAUUAGACCGAAAAAACCGAAAUAG